AUUGUCACUUGUCAGACGUCAGUACCGCACCAGCACGCGAUCUGGUUGUACGUGUGCUUUGUGACUCGCUGUUAAAGAAUUUACCCGCGAAUGUAGAUAUGCACGAUCGUAAACUCGCUGUGGGUAAAUUUGACUUUGUACGAUCGGUUUUGGACGUUUUCGAUAAUUGAAAUAUACUCAUUUUUGCUUCUGUGUUAGUGCUGUGUUCAGACUCAGGGUUGGUGUUCACGCGUAGGCCAACGAUAUCCUUAAAUAGAUCAACUUUACGAGGCUGCGAUAUGGCGGUGAAGUUCAAAAGAUUCACUCUUCAUUUGAGAACAUAUUUAAUGAUAGUUUGGGCGGUAAGCGGUGGAGCGGGAUACAAUUGCCCGUAUGGUCAGAACUGUGCGUUCGAGCCCGCUCCGCCAGGUCGUGCACCUGCAUGCGCACAGCCGGGCCUGACGUACUGCUUACAUCCAGAUCCAUACCCCGAUAAAGUUAUAAGAAAAUUGGUCGAAGCUGGCCAAUAUGACAUCCGAACUCUAUUGUCCGACGAAAGUCGCGACGACUUUGAAUCGAAUAAAAAGACGAACUACCCGUACGGAUAUGGACCGAACUCGCUUCCACACGUGGACCAAAUCUCGCUCGUUGAUGAUGACGUCUUUCACAAAGACUACAAUACAAAGUUCCACUCGAAAUUUAAUCAUGAUGUAUAUUCCGACAAAGCACCUUUACAACCUCCUUCAUCAAACGACCCAACGCCAUACAAUAUAAAAGCAUACCAAGCUUCCAAUUAUUCCAAAUUCGGAUUCCAAGGGUACCACACGUCGCCGCCAUCGUACUGGAACCCUACCAUUAACCAGUAUGAUUAUGAUAAUAGACGUCUACGACAGAACAGUGACGUACCUAACUUGAAUGCGUACAAUCCGAACUAUUUCAACUCGCCUUUGUAUCAAAACUAUGAGGCAGAUUGGCUCAAAGCGUCGAGUGGAGUGUCGCAGUAUAAUCCAAAUGAAUGGUGGAAAUAUAUAGCACCGUCUCGUUCUGACUCUGACGUGACAAUACAAAGAUCCAUCACAUUUCCGACACGCACAACGACUCUCCGACACACGAGACGGAGACGCAAUGCUGAAUUGGUGGAGGCUGCAGCCAAGCGGACCCUAACAGGCGCUGAGGCUUUGAGGAUAGCUCUAGGAUUGGCGAACGAAGACGAAUCAGCCGAGAGGCCAAGGCGUCAAGCAGCAAAUACUGAGGAAUUGUGCCGCAUCAACAGAAUGCAGUGGAUUGUGUACGAUACCUAUUGGAUACAGUUCCCGAUGCGAGCAAAAGUAUAUUCAGAAGCGCUUGGUGGCUCUUGAAUCGAGUGGACAGAAUUUGUAUACUGACGUUUUCUGGAUACCAAGUUGUUGCCAAUGUACAAUAAUAAAUAAUAAUUAACAUUAUAAUAAUUUUAAUAGACCGUUUGUGAUUUAAUUUUAAGAAAUAAAACUUGUUCAUUUACUUUUAGUUCUGCUAUUCAAAAACAGAUGGCGCUUUAAGCUUUUUAAAAUAGACAUGUAUAUUAUGAGAAUAAUAAUAUUUUUGUUACAAUACAUUUUAAAUAAAACUUAUUAAGAAUAUUUUUGUCAUAAAUCUCUUAUCGUUUUUACAAUUAAAUUUUAUCCACUUUGACUUACGCAAUGUCAUGACAUUAUUGUAAUAUUUUUCAAUUGCGUAAAAAGCAUUCUGUAAUGGGGUCGUGUGUUUCUAUUAGGUGAGAUUGAAUUAGAUUAUCUUAGCAUCCUAAAGGCAGAGUAUUAUGAUUAUGUAUAAAAAUAAUAGAUAAAUAGAAAUAUUUAAUCAAGUAUUAUGUGAUUAUGCGACUUGUAAAUAGUAAGAAUGGAAGUUACACGAUGUUACCAUUUUAAUGAUUUAUAAAUGUAAAACGAUUUAAAUUUAAGGUUUGUUUCAAUCACUGCACAAUGUUUUGUCAAGUAAAGUAUAAUGAUAAUUUAAAAUAUAUAAAUAUGCUUACUGUAUUGAUCUCUGCGAUGGAUUCCGGGGCUUGCUUUUUUAAUUAAUAAUAGGCAUGUAAUAAAUUCAUAUAACAAUGUUUGAUUUUGUACUUUCGAUACUUUUAGAGU